AUCCCCUUGUUUUCUAGCCCUAAAAAAAAUUCCAUUUUUCCGUUGAUUUUCUCCCAAGCCAAACAAGAUGCAGAUCUUCGUCAAGACCCUGACCGGAAAGACAAUCACCCUUGAAGUCGAGAGUUCCGAUACCAUCGACAACGUCAAGGCCAAGAUCCAAGACAAGGAAGGGAUCCCACCGGAUCAGCAGCGUCUCAUCUUCGCCGGAAAACAGCUCGAAGACGGCCGGACUUUGGCCGAUUACAACAUCCAGAAGGAGUCAACCCUCCACCUCGUCCUCCGUCUUCGUGGAGGCAUGCAGAUCUUCGUCAAAACUCUCACCGGAAAAACCAUAACUUUGGAAGUUGAGAGCUCCGACACGAUCGACAACGUCAAGGCCAAGAUCCAAGACAAGGAAGGGAUUCCACCGGACCAGCAGAGGCUCAUCUUCGCUGGAAAACAGCUCGAAGACGGCCGGACCUUGGCCGAUUAUAACAUUCAGAAGGAAUCGACCCUUCAUCUGGUUUUGAGGCUUCGUGGUGGGAUGCAGAUCUUCGUCAAGACUUUGACUGGAAAAACCAUAACCCUAGAGGUGGAGAGUUCUGAUACGAUCGAUAAUGUUAAGGCGAAGAUUCAGGACAAAGAAGGGAUUCCCCCAGAUCAGCAGAGGUUGAUUUUCGCUGGGAAACAAUUGGAAGAUGGAAGGACUCUUGCUGAUUACAAUAUCCAGAAGGAAUCCACUCUUCACCUUGUCUUGCGUCUUCGUGGUGGUUUCUAAGCUCUCUAUGAAUAUGAAUUUCUGGAUUUUAUGUGAAUGAAUGAUUGUGAUGCCUGGCUCCGUUGAGGCCUUGUAAAUAAUGCUUAUGUCGUAUCUUUAUUAAAUC